CAGGUUCAACGAUUGGAAGAAAAAGUUUUAAAGCCACUCACACGAUAUGGAAAAAUCUGUAAAAAUAUGAAAGUGAGUUUUAAAUGUUAGCCAGUGUGUUAAAUUUUUAUGAAAUUAAAUUAUUUAAUUUUAUUUCUCUAUUUUUAUGAGAAAAGGCUACAUAACUUAUCACAUCUUCUGAUUGCAGUCCAGUGUGCGAAGUAACCAAAAUGCCACAAAAAGUGAAGCAAAACAGUUGGAGAAGUUGGAAAAACUGCAGCAAAAAGGACCAGCAGAUAGCUCAGAACUUGUAUCCUUGAUUUCUAGGGUUUUUCUGGAGCAAAAUUGACUAACUGAAAUUAUUCUUAACCUUUUUUUUUUAAACUACUGAGCUAGAAAUUGAAGCUAGUUGUGAAAGUAACCAUUCCAACAGGUAGACCUGUAUUUAAAUAAUGUGAGAUUUAUCUAUACAACAUUUUCAAUAUUUUUCUAGGAAAUUAAUUUUUACUUAAAGAUAAUGGCAUAGUUGUUGCCAGACCAACAUAAUAAAAAUAAAGAAAGGAAAAGAGGAUAAUUUUUUUUUAAUUUGAUACUUGAUUGUCUUGAAAAAUUGUCAGGUGUUGUUUUGAGGGUUAAAGAUAUUAUCUUAUUACUCUAUAAGUAUUAUAAAUAUUACAAUCAGGGUUUAUAUAAAGUUAAAUAUUUGUUUGAAAAUAUUUUUCUUUAACAGUUUCCAGGUAAAGGUAUGACUAUUGUGUGGUCCUGAAAAGGUGUCUCACAGUCAAACAACCAAAAGGGAUGUAGAAGGAUUAUUUUAAUGACAAAAAGUAUAUUAGGAGCAGUUAUUAUAAGUUGUCGCCUCGUAUCAUAAAUUGUGACUCUUAUCACUAUGUGGACAGCUGGUCAUAGACACAUUUUUAUUUUCAAAUGUUUUUUUUUUUCAUCUCGUUUUUCUCUAGGCUCAGGCAUAUUUACAAAGAAUGAGACAAGUGAGUGGGAAUUUCCAGGAACAGUUGCUAAGUGAAAUGGAUAGAUUUGAAAAGGAGAAAAUCUCAGAUUUAAAGGUAGUUCAAAUGUUAUUAAAAAGGAACUGAUGUAAACGAGAUCUUAAGCUGCUUCAUAUUUUCUCUAUGUUUAAAAAAAUUAUAGAAUAAAGUUUAUUGGCUAGUUUGUUUAGUCCUUUCUGUCUUUUAAGUUCUUAUAGAUUUUAAAGAAAGGGAAUUUGGCACCUGGCAUUCAUGAAGCUUAGUAAGAUGUAAUGCAUUAAUUGUCUAUCAUGAAAAUUUAAUUUUUAGCAAGGCUGUAACAAACAUUAUAUUUUUCAUUAAUAUGAAUAUAAAGAAAGAAACCUUUUUCUACAAGUUAUUAAACUGUAAUAAUUAUUACUUUGGAAAUAAAAUUAACAUUCACAUUCACAAUAAGACAAGAUAAUAUUCUUUAUUGACCCAAAUAAAUGGAAUUUUUUUUUAUAACAAUGUACAUAUUCAUUUUCAGAACAUAGAUGAAUAUUUUUACCAAUGCAACAUCUUUGAAUUAAAACAAUUUAAACACAAGACAUUUUAGUUAUUUUCAAUCACAAAAAUCAGCGGUGAGUGAUGACUUUUUUUCCCCCCUCCAGUCAGUUCUCAGUGAAUAUGUCAAAAUAGAGAUGAUGUUUCAUGCCAGAGCUCUCAAGUAUUUGUCAAAGUGUUACCAAGCAGCCCAG